AUGUCUGACAGUGUUAAACAAAACGGCAAAAUACCACCUACUUUACACAGGAAAACCCACGUCAGAAGUCCUGAUAGUCAAGCGGAAGUCAGCAGUAAUUCAAUAACUCUGGGCUCUUCUUCGCUCACUAAGGAAGCAGGUUUAUCCACAUUUGGUACGGGGAAUAAAUUUACAUUUACUUCACCAACCACAAAAUUUGCCCAGAUGGCAAUGAAUCUUUCAGCUCCGUGUUCUAGUCUCCCUCAUAAUACCAACCCCACGGCACCUGCAAUAGUGCCGGAACACUCUAUGGAAAAUAAUGAUAAUACCAACGCAUCGCAUACUACAACCCAUUCGCACCAACCCGCAUCAAGAACCGAGAGUUCGGUUUUAACCCCUUUUCUUAACAACCACCUAAUAACAAAUCCAAUAACAACAGAUUCUCCAGUCGAGGAGCAUCAUUACUGCUACCGUCAUGACCCACAUACCCAGUGUAACAAGGCAGCAGAUGAGAUAGAAAUGACCCGAAUUCAAAAAAGAUUAGAAACGUUGCCCCACCAGGAUCAGGAGGCGAUUUCUCAUGUGUGGUCCGUUUUUUCUGCCGCACCAGGUCAACAAAGAACUUUAAUACUACAGGGUCUUUUAACAAUGUGUUGCUUCCCACAGCUAUCGCUUAUUUCUCAGGAAGUUUCCAAACUUAUAAGAAUCGAUUUCGUUGAAGCCCUUCCAAAUGAACUGGCAUUGAAAGUUCUUUGCUAUUUGGAUUGUCAAAGUUUGUGUAGUGCCGCCCAGGUUUCUGUCAAAUGGAAACAGAUGGCUGAUGAUGAUCGUGUUUGGAGACAUAUGUGUGAGCAGCAUAUUGACAGGAAAUGUCCCCAAUGUGGAUGGGGACUUCCUUUAAUGGCUGUUAAAAGGCUUCGUGAGUCAUCAUUUGUGCGAAAGAGAAAGCACGAUACCGCCUUGGAUGAAUUACAAAACUCGCUGAAGCAUCUACCCCCACCUUUAGAUGAAUGCAAAGCAAUCACUGAGAAAUGUCGUCAAGUCAAACGUCAAAGGCGUACUAGGCCUUGGAAGGCAGUGUAUUCAGAGAGAUUCAAAGUUGAACGUAACUGGAGAAAAGGCAUUUACAAGAUCAAAAAGUUCGAAGGCCACAGCGAUGGCGUUCUUUGUUGUCAGUAUGAUAACAACAAUCUGCUUAUGACUGGAUCUUAUGAUAAAACGAUCAAGAUAUGGAAUGUUGAAACAGGUAAACUGCUACGAACUUUAACAGGACACACACGCGGUGUCAGAACUCUUGCCUUUGAUGAACAAAAGUUGAUAUCAGGUGGCUUGGAUGGUACAAUUAAAGUUUGGAAUUACAGAACUGGGCAGUGUAUAUCUACAUAUACGGGUCAUAGCGAAGGUGUGAUAAGUGUUGAUUUUCAUGAUAAGGUCAUCGUUUCAGGUUCAGCAGAUUCAACGGUCAAAGUUUGGCACGUGGAUACAAGAACUUGCUACACUUUACGGGGACACACUGAUUGGGUGACCUCAGUCAAGAUACAUUCUAAAAGUAAGACUCUUUUCACCGCCUCCGAUGAUGCUACUGUUCGACUUUGGGAUCUCCGCACUAAUAAAUGCCUUAAAGUUUAUGGAGGUGUUGAAAAUAAUGGCCACAUCGGCCAGAUUCAGUGUGUCAUUCCAUUUACUGUUAAGGAUAAGUUGACUACAGAUCUCCAGGAGCACGCGAACGUUCCAGACUCAGGAGAAGGUAACAAUCAAUCUGAGAAUUCCAAUGAGGAAAAUGGAAAAGUAGAUGAAGCAUUGAGUGGCAUCCCAAACUUGCCAUCACAUAUGUUGACGGCCUCUUUGGAUAACACCAUAAAGCUUUGGGAUGUCCGUACCGGAAAGUGUAUACGGACCCAAUUUGGUCAUAUCGAAGGUGUUUGGUCAAUUGCCGCCGAUACAUUUAGGAUUGUCAGUGGUGCACAUGAUAGAACUAUCAAGGUUUGGGAUUUGCAGACAGGUAAAUGUAUGCAUACCUUUGGUGGUCAUGUUUCUCCAAUCAGCUGUGUGGCUUUAGGCGAUUCGAGAAUAGUAUGUGGUUCGGAAAGUGGAGAAGUCAAAAUGUAUUGCUUUGAUUGCUCGUGA